AUGGAAAAAUCUUACUGUUGCUUCUUUUUGAUCCAACGAGCAAGCAGAUCUCCAAAAUUACUUUCUUAUCGAAAGAAUGUUUUUAGUGGUACAGUGCUUCAUCAGGCCGUACAGAUGGGAAAUGCCGUAAUGGCAAAAAGCCUUUUGGACAUGGAGUCGGUGUGGAUAGAUGAAGAAGAUGGAAAAGGCCGGACAGCUCUUCAUUAUUCGAUGGAGCAGGACUCAUUCGACGUGGUGAAGGUGCUGGUAACUGCAGGAGCAAAUCUGGAUUGCGUGGAUAUUCAUGGAAUCUCCGGCUGUCAUUUGGCAUGCAAAGAAGGAAGAAUAAAUGCGUUCGAGUUGUUGAUGCUGCAUCAGGCGGACGUGUUCUGUAUUGACAACGCCGGCAAGACACCGUUCGAUAUCGCAUGCGAAUUUGGCAAGCAAAAGAUGGUCGAGUACAUGCUAGGUGCAAUCGACAACUUUUCACUACUUCAACACGCAGGAGAUGGUCACAAAGCAUCUGCCUUACAUUUGGCUGCACGAAACGGUCACACUCACAUUGUAUGCUUGUUACUAGAAAACGGUUGGGAUGUGAAUCGUAUCACAGCUUCUGGAAGUGCACUCCAUGAAGCGGCCGGUUAUGGCAGAGCGCAAGUUGUGAGAUUCCUGCUACAUGCAGGAAUAAAUUCGUCACUGACGAACGCGACCGGCCUCACAGCGCUGGAGUACGCGAAAAAGAACGCAAAUCGAAAUCCCAUCACAUUCAAGGAGAUACGCUUCUUACUUAAACGUAAUAUUUGGGAAUAUGCUACAUUUUAA